AUGCCUCGAGGUCAUAAAAGUAAGCUCCGUGCCCGUGAGAAAAAACGCUGCCAGGCCCGGAGUGAGACUCAGAGUCUCCAGAGAGCUCAGGUCAUUGCAGCAGAGGAGGAAGAAGCCCCUUGUGUUCCAUGCACAAGAUCUGAUGGAGGUGCCACGAGCCAAGGUGAGGAAAGACCAAGCACCUCCCAGGCACCACCUACCACUGAUCGUUCGUGCAAAAGCCCUGUAGGCCAGAAGGCGAUUUUGUUGGUGUCGUUCAUGUUGCGCAAUUAUAACAUGAGGGAGCCCAUAAGAAGGCAAGACAUGCUGAAGUGUAUCACCAGAAAGGACAGGCAGCACUUCCAUGAGAUCCUCAAGAGAGCCUCUGAGCUUAUGGUGCUGGCCUUUGGCAUCGAAGUGAAGGAAGUCGACCCGACCAGGUCCCAUUAUAUGCUUGUCAACAAAUUGCAUGUCACCGGUGAUGCAAGGCGGAGUGGUGGGACAGGCAUCCUGAUGACCGUCCUGUGUGUGAUCUUCAUGAAGGACAAUUGCGCCGCUGAAGAAGAUAUCUGGGAAGUGCUGAAUGUGAUGGGGAUAUAUGACGGAAAGAAGCACGAUUUCUACGGGGAGCCCAGGAAGCUCAUCACCCAAGAUCUGGUGAAGGAAAGGUACCUGGAGUACCAGCAGGUGCCUCACAGUGAUCCUCCACGCUUUCAAUUCCUGUGGGGUCCAAGAGCCCAUGCUGAAACCAGCAAGAUGGAAGUCCUGGAGUUUUUAGCCGGCAUCCAUAAUACCGUUCCCAGUGCCUUCCCGUCCUGGUAUGAGGAGGCUUUGAGAGAUGAGGAAGAAAGGGCCAGAGCCAGAUUUGGAGCUAUGCUUCUUACUGCCAUGGCUCAUGCACGUUCCAGGCUCCAUUCCAGCAGUUUCUCCCACCCUUAG